AUGCCUAGGUUAGAUCAAAUGAUUGAUGAGUUGUCAGGCACACAAUGGUUUCUGCCUCGAGCUAAAUCCGCCUAUUGGACGAUAGAAGUGGAACCAAGUGAUAGACCUAAAACGGACUCGAAGAACCCUCUCCACCAGUCGGUCUGGCAUCGUAUGAGGGAAGAAGACUUGUCUCUCACAGCACAGGACGGGAUGGACCGCGUCUACAGCGAGAACUACGCCUUCAUGCUGUGGGGAAUCUACUUUAGGGUCAACUACGCCCAGGACUGUCGGGUAUUUACGCUUCCGACGGGGUAUUUUCCGACAUACACCUCCUUCGCGCUGACUAAGGGGUCGCCUCUGGUCCCUGUUUUCAAUAAGCUCGUCCUUGACAUCAUCUCCUCCGGACUCCUGAAGAAGUGGUGGCAGGAGCUCAGCAUCACCAGCACAGACUGCAACGCACUGGAGACACAGCCCAUCGAACUCAAGACAGUUCUCACGCCCUUCCUGCUGUUGAUUGGUAGCAUCUUGGUGUCACUGGGCGCCCUGCUUGUCGAACGUGUCACCGCGAACGUUUUUCAGGGUGGAUGGAUUGAGGUGGUGAUAUCAAGAAAGAUGGAACAGGAACCUGACAUCAUUAAGAGCCGUGUCAUCCCCGAAGGAGCCCUGACCUUCCUGCACGAGGGUGGAGAGACCACAGAUGACCCCCCCCCCCCGACAGUCCGCCCUCUCUAG